GUGUGUGUGAAGCUACUAAGAGAUGAAGACUGGUUGGAAAAUGUUUAUUUUCCAACAAAUCUAAAAAGGCUGAGGGAGAGCUUUGGAACAGUUGAAACUAUAUUUCAAGAUCUUAAUGUCAGAAUUAUGGCUCCCAGUGCUGGACUUUUCUGUUGGGUUGAUUUCAGCAACUAUCUGAGAGGUUCUACUGCUCAAGAUGAGAUGAAACUCUUUAGGGAAUUCUUCACGGAAGCGAAGGUUUAUAUUGUGCCCGGAACUGAGUUUGGAUGCAGCACUCCAGGAUGGUUCCGGAUAAUAUUCUCUGUUGAUCCUGCAGCUUUGAAGGUUGGGUUAACCCGGAUUCGAGAUCUUCUCAUAAAGAUCAACCCUCAGAAAUAAAUAUUUUCUACACAAUUUGAGUAUUAUUAAUUUCCCUAUUUGAAGAUCAACAUGUUAUUUAAAAUGGCAUAAUUCAGCAUAGAAGUAGUAGACAUAAGGAAGGAGAGGGUUUAAAUUAUACUUUAACGUUUUCACUGAAAUCUUGUCAGGCUGCAUAAAACAACGUGUUGGGUCGACUCUCCACUGGGUCGCCAGAGUGGACGGUAUGAUUGUAUGUGCAGUACGUGUUGUACCGGCACGUAUCAUGCAACUUUAGGACUCAGGAACUAGUUUUACUGAAAAGAAAAACAAAAAUAGUUCAACGCUACAGUGAUAACCUGAAAGCAAUGAAAGAGGAAGACGACAUUAUAGCGGUAUUUAUGUGUGUUUGAUGUUGAUAUAAAACAAAAAGUUGUACUUGAAGCUAAUUUAGUGAAAUGGGUCAGUUUACACUGCACAAUAGCUGU